AUGGGCAAAAUUACAAAGGAGAUGCAAUCCAAGCAUCGCGAUACACUGUCUCUCUGGCUCAAGAGCUACGUCGAGGCCGCCUCCACCAUCUCCCUUCCGCUAUUGCCCCAACACCUUGCCACAUACCCGACGCGAUGGCCGUUCGGACGCGGAGACCUAUAUCAUUGGAUUCCUCUGCUGAAUCGCUUCGAUGCUAUUCUAGAGGCGUUUUGCGCCACCUACAGGCUGAAUCUUGGACCCCAAACCGACGACUUCGACGCCUACAUUCUUCGCAACCUCAGUGAGCAGGGAUCAUUUGCUGGUGAGAAGCAGUGGGAUGACCAAGAACUACAAAGGCUAGGCUAUAGCGAGGAGGGUGAUCGGGAACUUGUCGAAGCUGUCUUGAAAUUUUCCCGUUUGCUGCUCGAGCACUGCGGGAACAGGAGCAUCUAUGCGAGUAGCGCUCAUCUCAGUGAUCUCCUCAACAGCAAGACCCUAUCACUCCUGAUAUCUGCUCUCGAGGUUGGCUCCGAGCUUGCACAGAGAUAUCAGGCUUCAGUAAAGCGAAUCGGCAAUUCUUCUCGGCAUAUUAGUGCCGCACUCCUCGCUAACCACUACAACAUUGACCUCGAUCGCGUGCAGCAAAUCGCACAGGCCUUUUCCAAGAUGACCAUAUUGAACCUCGCCGACCCGAACCCGGCGGUGACACCGACUCCACGAUCCAAGGAUAAGUCCUUGGGGCAGUCUAAAAGUGCUCCAAAAUCGCAUGCCACGGAUUUGGUCGCUCUAGUCACGUCUGACGAUCAGCGCUGGGCAGACUGGGGCGAUGUGAAAGUACGAUAUUAUCCCAAAGAUGCCAAAUUGCCUCAUGAUGCGCCGACCGAAGCGGGUCGGUCGUCCCAGCCUUCCACACCGACACCUCUGCGUCGCAGCUCGACAGUCGCUGGUGUUCAGCCUACCCCCAAGGCUCGCAACCCCCACGUUGAGGAAUCAUCCCCCUUACUCCCACGUACGCCUGGCAUCGCGGAUGAGGCGGACGGAUCCUCUCAGAAGACCUUUGAUCUGCCACAGUCGAUAGUUGUCUCAUCCUCCAUGUCUCAACUGCUGGAUAAGCUCCCAAAGGACAUGACCGAUGCCUCCCAGUACGAAGCAUUUCAUCGAUUCAGAGUUGCGAAAGCUCUCACCGGGUCUCAAAAGUCUCGCCAAGAAAUACUUGGAGCUCGAUUGCUCGCCAUUACCAACUUGGCUUACAUUCAUACCGAGUCAAACUUUAUGGACAAGGUUCUCAGACAAGAUAUGGACGAGACUCGUCGCUACCAGCUCGUUUAUCAACUUGCUGAACUCAUUCACCCGUCGUCGGAUGGUAACGCGGAGGCACCGUUGUGGCUUCAGACAAUCUCCCUUGCGCUCAUGGAAGCCAUGUCUAGCUUCCCAUGCCGCUCUCAAGAUGUUCUAUCAGCGCUCAAUGCCAAUGUGAAUCACGGUGUUCUUCUUUAUGUUAUUCGCAAAGCUGUGGCUGGUAUGGAGCACACCAAUACUGAAGAUGAUGGCGAUCAAGUAACUGAGACUGAUAACUGGCGCAACAACCUCUUCUCCCUUACGCUGAACCUGUCUAUGGCCACUCGAGUUGGUAGCGAGAUGGCAUCUGCCGGUCUCAUGGAGAUUCUUGUUCACAUCUUGAACAUUCGCUCACCUGUAGCUGAGCGCCACCACUCGAUGGUUCUUGCGUUCCUGGACGGCCUCAUUUGGGCAUUUCCUCCUGCGUUUACUGCCUUCUUCACUGCUGACGGCCUUGAUGCGAUCUCAAAACUGGUUGUUGAUACUGUGGCUGAGGCAAAACGGCUGGUAGCAGCCUCCAAGGGUAUCACGCGAGAUCAUCAAUCGAGCGCCGUCGAUUAUGAGGUGCCAUACUAUCAGCAGCAGACUUUGAAGUGGCUCUUGAAAUUUAUUCACCGCGUCAUGUCCAACUCGUACAACUAUGGUGGCAACACAGAACGGCUGCUGCGAAACUUGGCUGAGAAAUCUGAUCUUCUUGCUAGCUUACGCGACAUGAUUAGGGAUAAGACGUCCUUUGGAUCUAUUAUCUGGACGAAUUCGGUUCUCAUACUGAGCGACUUCAUCAACAAUGACCCUACCAGUUACGCCGCAAUUUCAGAAUCUGGCAUGAUCAAGACGUACCUCGAAGCAAUCACUGGGCGAAGUAUUACCGAAGCAUCGCAACAAGACGAAGUAAGAGAAACAGAGCAAGGCUCAAACGAUGCUUCGGAAGGAUCUGACGUAACGGCCAUGAUUGAGAAGGAUCAGCGGCCACACCCGCCGACCGAAGAAAUGCUUCGCACAUCUAAACAUGGGGAUGUUGUCUCUAAAGGCAUCCUAGCAUCAUCCGAGGCGAUAAAUGUGGUACCACAAGUACUGAAUUCCAUCUCGCUCAACAAUUCUGGGAUGAAACUGGUGGUGUCAUCUCGCGCCUUUGAUAGCUAUCUGGAAAUUUUCGAGAGCCCGGAACAUGUCAGGUGCAUGGAACAAGACCCUGAUUUGCCCCAGGCUAUUGGUCAAAGCUUUGACGAACUUGCUCGUCAUCACCCUCCUCUUAGGACUGCCAUUUCAAACGCAGUCAUCGACAUGGUUGCGAAAGUUCGCUAUCUUGGAAUUCGCAAGGCAGAGCAAGACAGAUGGGGUGUUCGCCUGCUCGGCACUGACCACGAGGGGAAAAUUGUUUCCAUCGAUCAACAUGGCCGGGUUGCACAUGCAAACGAGACUCAUUCAACCCCGAUGCGGACCGGAGACUAUGAUGUCACUAUGCAAGACUCGGCGACUGCUAAAAUUGCUGGAGACAAUGCAGGCGAGACUGCCUUGAACAAGAAGCCAGAUACUGUUACAGCAUACAUUCAUGCCUUGGCCAACUUUCUUUCCGCAUACCUUUCAAGCACGUUUAUUAAGACUAACUUUGUCGAAAAAGGCGGCCUGGAGCUGCUUCUCGACAUCUGCGAGCUACCCAGCCUUCCUGCUAACUAUAGCGAGUCGCACGCGGCUAGGCAAAUGAACGUUGUGGUUGCGCAGCUUGUAGAGCAUGCUCCAGUACGAAGUCUGCCAUCUCUCUUGAGACGUACCCAGAACUCAAUCGAUAUUCUACGACCGCUGUCUCUGAAAACAGAAGCCCUCCCGCCAUAUUUUGGACCAUUUCUAUCGCCAAACCCGGAACUGCCGAGUCGCGAUCUUCCAGAGCCUCUGUUAUCAGGCACCAGAAUGGUCAAAGCUCUACUGAAUGCACAAACUUUCAUCAAGAUACUCGCUGACUGUUUCAACACAUCUCGAUCGAGCUCGGUCCAGUUCUAUCCAGUCAAUGCUUUUGAUUACUACUUGCAACUCAUUAAAUCAAUGGGCCCACUGCUUCGAGGUGUCCUUGCUGAAGAGGCCGGCGAACUGGCCGUUGUUCCACAGCACUGGUCCCUCAAGCGUGGUGGACCGACUACUGAAGGUGAAACAUCUGUCAGUAAUGCGGCUUUUGGCAACGGAAGUACAUCUUUGCCCGAUGUGCUGAGCAGCACGGGCUCUUGGAAGCCAGCUGAAGGGGUCGAGGCUCCAAAAUCGCCCACCGAAGAGGAACAAAAAACCCCUCGAUUCCAGAAUUACGAGAAUCUUAAGCUGCUUUUGCAUCCCAUGAUUCCUACGUCAUUCCCGCUAUUUCAAAGCAUCGGCAAAGCGUUGGUUCCCAGACGCGAGGUGACUCAUGGAGAUCCUUUCCCUAGACCCAGACACUUGGAGCUCGCAAAGGAGUUGGCAUCAACCGUGCUUGAUCAGUUGUCGCCUUCUGUUUCAACUCCUAAUCCAAGCGCCAAGGAAUUUCAUUUCUGGAUUAUAAUGAUGCAUACGAUCCACGAGAUGCUCAUUGAUCAUCAGCCUGGCAGGCAGUCUGAACGAGCAAAUGUCCACAUUAUCGUCCCUGUGCUGCUUGCUUUCAAGGAACAAGGAGGCUUAGAUGUGCUCAAUACCAUUCUCAGAAUUUUCACGAAGGCGGUUCGUCAGGGCUCGAAUGCCAGUCGCCCCGACGAACUCUCCAAGGCCAAGGUCGCAGCAUUUGGCCUAAAGAAGAUUCUUGAACUAUAUGCUCUGCUUGUCCAUGGAAAGUACCUGACGGAUACCAGCAAUCACUUCAAUCUUCAACGUCACACGGACAGAAACCAGGUUGUAUCCAACAUUUAUCAGCAAAUUGUCGUGGAAUUUCGCUGUGCCAUUUUGCCACCAAUGCUCGAACUUUGGGACUCAGCAUUUGUCGAACACGUUUCAGAUGAGACCGCGAAACGUAUCUUAGACAUUCUCAAGCUCAUUGGCACUGCCGAACAUGAACCAAGCUCGACACCCAAGGACAAGGCUCCUUUUGCGCUUCUCAAUUACUCCGACGUUCGCUUUGACUGGCGUCCUCUUCAUGGAAUCAUUAGUGACCUGUUGAACGCUGGAUUUGACAAAGAUCUGGUGCACGAAGCUGUUUUUCGUGCAAAUGGUAAUGUCUCUAAUGCUCGAGACUACUGCCACGCGCACAAAUCCGGUCUUGCUGGUCCCCGAAACCCCAUUCCCGCAGAGGACGCUGAUGUCAGCACGAAUCAGACACCAGAAUCAUCGAGGUCUCGACAACGGGCUCCCUCUACUGGAACUAGCGCUUCCGAGCCCGAUCGCAUGUCUUUGGAUACCUUCACAGACGGGUUGGAUGAUGACCGUCUCAUCGACGCAGGAGCUCACUCUCGAGAAGAAAGCGAGCAAACGACCGAAGAGGACCCCACGUCGACAAGCGAAGUCGCUCCUCGAGCUCAAUUCUCCGGCACCAAAGAGGAACUUGAUGCUUUGAGGUCUGAUCUUCGUUCCGACUUGAUUGACCACUCAUUGGAUGUUAUUCGCACCCACCCUGACUGUGCUAUUGAAGUAUCCGAGCUGAUUCAAAUCAUGGUUCUGCGGCAUCAAGACCAAGAAACCCAUGAGGAGGUUGGCACUGUACUUACCUCUGCCCUAUCGUCUUUGGCCCUUGACCCAGAGGAGAAAAAGAAAAAUGGCAAAUGCAUUGCUGCUUAUGCUCACCUGCUGGCUUUGCUGCUGCAGGACCAAGCUUUCUUCGACAACAAUGUGGACGGCUUGCGAGACAAGGUUGGAGAAUAUGUUGAUUUCCUCAAGGUUCCAUCUUCCAGUGCUGUUGAUGAACUGCCACCUUGGAUCCCUUACAUCUUGCUCGUGCUAGAAUCUCUCUUGUCACACGAUGAGCGACCAGUUGCAGCUCAGUGGUCAGCACCGAGGUCUGUUGACGAGCCUGUCCAGCCUGCCGUGGUUCAGCUUGGCGUUUCUCUCAUCAGUUAUCAACAACGCUUAGACAUUCUAGAAUCGCUGCUAGACAUACUGCCGCGUGUUGGAAAGCAGGAAACUCUGGCAACUUCCAUUCUGCGUGUCCUGGUCAUAGUUACCCGUCGACGUCUGCUUGCAAAGCACAUGGGAAUGAAGAGGAACCUCCAGCGCCUGUUUCUCAUGGCCAAGCAGUUGGCCGGGCACGGCUCCGAGAGAUUGAAGCAAAUUCGUGUGACGGCGCAUAUCAUUACCAUAUUGAGGCACAUUGUUGAAGAUGAGGAGACUUUACGACAAAUUAUCCGCGCAGAGAUCAAGGCCGGACUCCCUCACACCCAACGCAACAAUCGUGGAACUACAGACGUUUCUACAUACUUGCGAGAUCUUGCCCCCGUUGCCCUUCGGGCACCUGAACUAUUUGUGGAAGUCUCGAAUGAAAUGCUUCGAUUUUCUCGAUGGUCCCCUGCCGAAAGUGACACGGCAGGCAGAUUGAAUUCAGUGACGCUCAAGGACGAAAUCGGUGCCUCCAAUGAUUCUGUACCGCUUGCUGAAGCUGAAGGUAAUAAUGACCAGGCCAGUGUCGCGGGCACACUGAAUACUGCAGAUGAAGUCAAACCAUCUACUGAGCUAGCUGACAAGGAGAUGGCUGACGCCCCCAAAAUUGCGGACAACAAGCGCCCAGUUGUUGAGAAUCCAGAUGGUGUAGUUCAUUUCCUUCUUUGCGAGCUUGUGAACUACAGAGAAGUUGACGACAAGGAGUCAGCACAUGUAUCGAAAGACGCCCAACCGGAACUUGAUAUGAGCGACGCUGGCUCAGAACAACUCGAAAAAGAGGCGAAUACCGGCGAUGGCGGCGAUAAAAAGCAGACCAAGCCACAGUUUAAAUCUGAAGAGCACCCGAUCUUUGUAUACCGGUGCUUCCUGCUAAAUUGUUUGUCCGAGCUUCUCCAAAGCUACACACGAACCAAAGUUGAGUUCAUCAAUUUCAAGCGAAGCGCUCCUCCCGUUUCCACUGGAACCCCAAUCAAACCAAGAACUGGCAUUCUCAACUAUCUCAUAUACGAUCUACUUUGUCAGAGUAAUCUCGCUGGCACCGCGGAUAACAUCGCUGCGAAGAAGAAACUGGCUACCUCUGCACAGACUCAACGCGUGCUGGUUGCUUUGGUCUCUAAAACAAGCGAGAAGCGUGCAAACCAUAGUCAAGAAAAGUUUGCGUACGAUGACGAGCCAGAUUUACUCUUUGUACGCAAAUUCGUGCUUGACACACUUUUGCGAGCCUACGAAAGAGCUCCUCUAUCCGACGAACCACUGGAAAUCAGAUACUCUCGUAUGCAGUCCCUUGCAGAACUCAUGAUGCACAUGAUUGGCGACAGAGACAAAGACCAGCAUCGUCCAGGCGCCAGAAGCAUCGAGAAGAGCCAGUCUCGUUCUCAGGCACAAAUUCGUCGUCUCAUGUACGAGAAGGGCUUCUUGGACAAGCUCACUACCUCCAUCGCUGAACUCAGUUUGAACUACCCAGGCGUCAAGCGAGCUAUCAAAUAUAUUUUGCGGGUACUUCGGAUCCUGACUGACACAGCCAAAGAGCUCAGCCACUCUAAUCUGGUGCCGUCGGAUCCAGGUGCUGAGCAAAGCGAAGAAGAGUACGAUGAAUCGUCGUCAUCUUUGUCUGACCUUGAAGACGAUCGAGAAGAAACGCCUGAUCUGUAUCGUAACUCCGCUCUGGGGAUGCUUGAACCUCGAGAUGAAGAUGAUGAGUCUGAGUCCGAAGAUGAAGACGAGGACGCCGACAUGUAUGGUGACGAGUAUGACGAAGAGAUGGACUACGGGGACGAGGAAAUGUCUGAUGGCGAAGACGACAUUAGUGAUGACGACGAAGAGCUAGGCGAGAUGGGUGACAUUGAAGGCCUGCAUGGAGAACCUGGAGUCGUGGAAGUCAUAAUGGACGAUGACGACGAUGACGAGGAUGAUGAAGAUGAUGAAGAGAGCGACGACGAGGGCGAUUCGGCUGGCUCGGCUGACAUGGAAGAUAUGGAGGAUCGUGUGGAGAUCGUCGACGAGGAUGGAAACCCUAUUGACGACGAUUCUGCCUGGGAAAGUGACAGCGACAUGGAUGAAAAUGAAGAGCAGCCGACUGAAGACGUGGAAUAUGAGGCGGAGCAAGACGAGGCAGAGGCUCGUAUGCAUGGCAUGGGCCCAAGAGAUCUUCUUGAUAAUAUGGCACGCGCCAUCAUGGGUGACAAUGACGGAUACGGACACGAAAUCAUGGACAACCUCGAUGAGCAUUAUAUCGAUGAAGAUCAAGACGGUCUCGAGGAUGAUGAAGAGGAUGAGGAGGAAAUGGAAGAGGAAGAGUAUUUCGACGAAGACGAAUUCUACGCCCCCGAGGAUCAUCUUCCACAUCUGCCUUCUGGUGCAUGGGAUGCUAUCAACCCAGAGGUUGAUGACCGACACCGGCUACUGCUCCUGGAAAACAACCGUCGACCAGUGUUCACAAGAAUGGAAAACCGAGGCGGCCUUCCCACCCGGUUCGUGGGAACGCAGCGCGAUAGUGGCGACUUCAGAAGCUACUUCUCUCGCAUGCAGCGGCCCGCUGGACAGCAGAGCCACCCUGAAGAUGGGUCCAACCCCUUACUUCGGCGUAACGAGACUGAGAUCGAGAGUUCUUCGAGACCAGGCAAUUCAAACUCGUUCGGCCUUCGCUUGCCAGAUACUAUCUUCACCAGCGGCGGCCGUCACAUGAUUGACGGACCCAUGAGUUUCCUAGGUGAGCUAAUGGAAUUUUUGCCUAUGAUGGGUCGUAACAACAACGGCCAAGCGUUCCACGUCCAAAUAAGACCAGGUCACGGUGGUCAUCGUGGGGAGCUUGUGCCUACACGCCCUGGCAGAAAUGAUAGUCGACGUGAGGUCACUCAAGAGCCUCACCAAGCAGUUUCCUUCACCACGGAAGCAACGGUCAGCCGGUACAGCGAAGAAGCCAGAAUGAUUUUCGGAGCGAAUCAUGCCGUCGAGGCGGCCAAGCUCAGCAAUGCCAUCUGUGCUGCCCUGACCCCGGCAGCCGUUGAGCACCAAAAGAAAGUCAUGGCCGUUGAGGAAGAUAACCGCAAGCGGGCAGAGGAGAUCCGCAAAAAGCUUGAGGAGGAGCAGCAAGAAAAUGAAGCGAAAGAGGCCGAGGAACGUGCCGAGAAGGAGCGACAAGAGACCGAGCAGCGAGAACGCCGGGCAGCCCUCGACGCAGCUCCCGCAGUUGACGCAGACUCAGCGCGAGAGGCCGAGCAAAGCACUGCUAUGGAAGGCGUGGAGACGGCAAAUAGCGCAGAACUGGCGAACCAACCCGAAGCCAGCUCGGCGGCCGCAAGAGUCACAACGACACUGAGAGGAGAACAAGUCGACAUCACCGAGCUAGGCAUUGACCCCGACUACUUGGCUGCCCUUCCAGAAGAAUUUCGUGAGGAAGUCAUCGCGCAAACUGUCAGUGAACGACGCUCCCAGGCCCUCCAAACAGCCCCUGCAGGAGAAUCCACCGAAGUUUUCCAAGAGUUUCUUGAUGUUCUACCCGAGGAACUUCGCUUGGAGAUUGCACAGCAGGAGCGACAAGAACAGCGUCGGCGCGAAGGAAACCGAAGACAAGCCAGUAACGCUGGCCUGGCGCGCCCAACCGGCAUGGACACGGCUGGUAUAUUGCGUACUUUCCCACCCGAGCUUCGCGAGGAGGUUCUGCUCCAGCAAGGACAAAGUCUCAUGGACCAGCUGGCUCCCGAGUUGGCUGCUCAAAGCCGAACCCCUAACCAUACUGCCAAUCGACAGCGUGGCCCCGCCCAUCCUCCAGCCGGAAACAACCUGACUGCCGAGGCGAGCAAAGAUUCGGACAGCAAGGCACCCAGGCGUACGGUUGUCCAGAUGCUUGAUAAAGCCGGCGUGGCAACUCUUCUCCGGCUCAUGUUCAUUACACAACAAGGCUCUUUCCGAAACUAUCUGUUUGCAGUAUUCGCUGAUGUGUGUGAGAACCGACAAAGCAGAUUGGAGGUCAUCAGUACACUUCUUCAGAUUCUGCAAGAUGGUAGCACGGAUAUCAACGCUGUCGAGCGCAGUUUCGGCCAGCUAUCCAUUAAGGCUAAGCGAUUGAAGGACAAGGAGAGGGACAUUGAGCCACGUACACCGCAAAACCUCAAACGAACUUCAACCUCGUUGAGCGUCUCGAACACCGCCCAGACAAGCUCCGAGACCUCACCGCUGCUGAUUGUACAGCAAUGCCUAGAUCUACUUGUGGACCUUUGCGCUCGGAACCCUCAUAUUCCUUGGCUCUUUCUCACCGAACACGAAACAGUUGGUGCGUCGCUCCGUAAAGCCUUUGGCCGCAAGGGCAAGACCAAGGACUCCAAGGCCAACAAAUAUGCCAUCAAUGCCUUGUUGAUGCUCCUUGAUCGCGAACUCAUCACCGAGAGCUCUGUGGUCAUGACUCAUCUUGCUGAUCUCCUCAACCGAGUAACGCUGCCGCUCCAGAAUCUUGAGCGUCGACGCAGAGAGUCGCUAGACGCCGUCCCUGCCAAGACGACGGAAAAGCAGGGCGAUGAGCUGGCAAGUGGUGGCGUGCAACCGGGUACUGCAGCAGCUGGCAAUGCAAGCUCAACAAGUGACAAUGCGCAGAAAACUCAAAAGUCAAGCAAUACGCCCCAGAAGCGUUCUCGGCAGCUGCAACCUCCCAUUAUCCCCGAAGAGAACCUCACACUCGUGGUGAGGAUUUUUGUUGCAAGAGAGUGCAGCUCCAAGACAUUCCAAAACACAAUUGCCACGAUCAAGAAUCUUUGCGCAAUCCCAGGAACGAAGACCGUUUUCGGGCAAGAGCUUAUACAUCAGGCCCGUGCUCUGAGCGAAAAUAUUGUGACAGAUCUGAACGAGCUCUUGCCGCACAUUCUUGCAGCCAACUCCGGAACCGAGAUCCAAGGAGUUGCCCUCGCCAAAUUUUCUCCAGGAGCGUCCGAUCAGAACAAGCUGUUACGAGUACUUACCGCUCUGGAUCAUCUUUUUGAGCCAAAGAAGAAGUCGGGUCAAUCCUCGUCCGACAGCCUUGACGAUGGCAAGCAAGACUUGCUCACAUCUCUGUAUCACCAUCAAACUUUUUUGAGUAUGUGGCACAAGCUAAGCAGCUGCUUGAGCGCCAUCCGCCAACGGGAGAAUAUGCUCAGCGUUGCAACAAUCUUGUUACCUCUUAUUGAGUCUCUCAUGGUUGUUUGCAAGAAUACUACGACCAAAGACGAUACAGUUCCCAGUCAGCAGCCUGGCGAAGAGCCAUACCCCAGUCCUGCGGUCGAGUCGCAAACCGCCAGCUUGUUCUUCUCCUUUACGGAAGAACACCGCCGUAUCCUCAAUGAACUUGUUCGCCACAGCCCCAAGCUCAUGUCCGGUACAUUUGCCCUGCUAGUCAGAAACCCCAAAGUCCUCGAAUUUGACAACAAGCGCAAUUACUUCAACCGCACUGUGCAUUCUCGGGCCGCGCACGGCCAGAGCCGGCCAUCGUACCCUCCUUUGCAACUAUCCGUCCGGCGCGAAUCCGUGUACCGCGACUCAUUUGCCAACCUCUAUUACAAGAGCGGAGACGAGAUCAAGUAUGGCAAACUGAAUAUUAGAUUUGGUGGCGAAGAGGGCGUGGAUGCCGGCGGCAUAACGAGAGAAUGGUUCCAGGUCCUCGCGAGACAAAUGUUCGACCCGAACAACGCCUUGUUCAUUCCGGUUUCUUCUGACCGAACAACAUUCCACCCCAACAAACUCAGCAAAUUCCACUUGAAUGAAGACUCCAACGCCGGUGAAAGCACCGACAGCAUUCAUUUCAAGUUUAUUGGCAGGAUCAUCGGCAAAGCCUUGUACGAAGGGAGACUCCUGGACUGUUUCUUCAGCCGUGCCGUCUACAAACGCAUUCUUGGCAAGUCUGUGUCCGUCAAAGACAUGGAAUCUUUUGAUCCUGACUACUACAAGUCCCUCUGCUGGAUGCUCGAGAACGACAUUUCUGAUAUCAUCACGGAGACAUUCUCGGAAGAGGAGGAUGAAUUUGGCGUAACGAGAAUUGUCGACCUCGUUCCAAAUGGUCGUGAGAUUCCCGUCACCGACGACAACAAACAGGAAUACGUUCGCCUCGUUGUCGAGCACCGUCUGCUGACGUCAGUGAAAGACCAGAUGGAGAGCUUUCUAAAGGGGUUUCAUGAGAUCAUUCCCGCGGAGUUGAUCUCCAUCUUCAAUGAACAAGAACUCGAGCUUUUGAUCUCUGGUCUUCCUGACAUUGACACUGAUGAUUGGCGCAGCAACACCGAAUACCACAACUACUCCCCAUCGUCCCAACAAGUCCAGUGGUUCUGGAGGGCAGUGCGCUCCUUUGACAAGGAAGAGUUGGCCAAGCUGCUCCAAUUCGUCACCGGAACGAGCAAAGUUCCACUCAAUGGCUUCAAGGAGCUAGAGGGCAUGAACGGCAUCAGCCGUUUCAAUAUCCACCGCGAUUAUGGCGACAAAGACCGCCUCCCCACAUCUCACACUUGCUUCAAUCAGCUUGAUCUCCCGGAGUACGACAGUUACGAUGUACUACGUGCCCAGCUUUACAAAGCUAUCACGGCCGGAAACGAAUACUUUGGUUUUGCCUAG